CCGUCCCAAGAGAAAAAGCUCGCCGCUCUCCCUCCCUCUUGUUGCUCUCCCCUCUCUAGGAGCACUCUUAAAGAGGGGUCGAGCUGCCCUUCCUCCACCCGCAUUUUCCCGCCUGGACACCUCCGUGUGCUCUGUGGUUUUCCCAUUCCUAAUUCAACCCAGAGCCGUGGCCUCGAUGCCUAGUUUAGGAGGCCUGUUGAAAAAACGGCGAACGAAAGAUUCGCAGACCCUCUCCAAAGAGCUUGAAGCCGGUUCGGCCCAGACGCAGACGUCACCAAACGCUGCCGAAGACCACCACAACCAGAACCACCACCACCACCUCUUUCACCACCACCACCAUCACCAUCAACCUGCCACCAAUUCCGGUACCCCAUCCAACUCCGCACCUCAACCUCAAAAUUCGGUUCCUCAACAAGCCCACCGGUCUUCCGGAGCAGAGAAAACCAGCGAGGGUCAAGUAGCCUCCAUGCAAUCCGCUGUGACGCAAGCAUCACCGUCUGCUCAUCCCAAUUCCAAUGCGGCCAGUAUACAGAAUAUAAUCCACCCAUCACAGCAAGGCGCAAUGCAUUCCGGUUCCACUGGCCAUGCGCAGGCUCAACAAUCCAGCCGCAGUGAAUCCCGCACCACCAAGGGGAAGUAUUCCUUGGAUGACUUCUCCCUCCAGCGCACUCUCGGUACCGGUAGUUUCGGCCGGGUGCACUUGGUGCAGUCGAAGCACAACCACCGCUUCUACGCGGUCAAGGUGCUAAAGAAGGCGCAGGUGGUCAAGAUGAAGCAGAUCGAGCACACCAACGAUGAGCGACGCAUGCUGAAUCGCGUCCGGCAUCCUUUUCUAAUCACGUUGUGGGGCACAUGGCAGGAUUCCCGGAACCUGUACAUGGUCAUGGACUUCGUCGAGGGUGGUGAACUCUUCAGUCUACUCCGCAAAUCGCAGCGGUUCCCCAACCCUGUCGCCAAGUUCUAUGCCGCGGAAGUCACUCUCGCACUCGAGUACCUCCACCAGCAGCAGAUUAUCUACCGUGAUCUCAAGCCCGAGAACUUGCUGCUGGACCGACACGGCCAUUUGAAGAUCACUGAUUUCGGUUUUGCCAAGGAAGUCCCUGACAUUACAUGGACCCUCUGCGGUACUCCGGAUUACCUCGCUCCGGAGGUGGUUUCCUCCAAGGGCUAUAAUAAAUCGGUCGACUGGUGGUCACUGGGUAUCUUAAUCUUCGAGAUGCUGUGUGGCUUUACGCCAUUCUGGGACAGUGGCUCCCCAGUCAAGAUCUACGAGAAUAUCCUGCGUGGCAGGGUGAAGUACCCGCCCUACCUGCACCCUGAUGCCGUUGAUCUGCUGUCGCAACUUAUCACAUCAGACCUGACUAAGCGCCUUGGUAAUCUUCAUGGCGGGUCUGAUGAUGUCAAGAACCAUCCUUGGUUUGCAGAAGUCACCUGGGAUCGCCUGGCCCGGAAGGAUAUCGACGCUCCCUAUGUGCCCCCCAUCCGGGGAGGACAGGGAGAUGCGAGUCAGUACGACCGCUAUCCGGAGGAAACCGAACAAUACGGCAUGGCCGGUGAAGACCCACAUGGCCAUUUGUUCCCCGACUUUUAGUGCCUGCUAUGAGUUAUGAUGGAAUGAUUGUCUCACUAUAGAGACGGGAUCGUCUCAUCCGCAUCGGAUGGAUUGAUCACC